UUUGGAACGUAUUGAGCCAUUGUAUUCACCCACCACCUUUAACUCAAGCCAAACAAAAUCCAAACACAGAGUAGAGAGGUGGGCCUGAAGUUCUAGUGGUAUCUGAGGAGGUAUUGGCAAUUGAAAACAGCUGAGAAAGGAAAGUCAGUUUUCUUUAAUGGUGUGAUCCCUUGUGGGUAGACCAUGGUACACUGGAAAGUGCCACGCCUAAAGUUAUAUGGGCAUCUUAAACAUGGUUGAAUAGUUCAACAACAGCAGCAGCAGCAGCAACAGCAGCAGCAGCAACAACAGCAGCAGCAGCAACAACAACAACAAAGGACACAAAGUGCAAUGGGAUCCACAGGACUAUGUUUUUAUGGACACUGUGUUGUCAUGUUCCUAUUUCAGAUGAUCACAGCAAGUUCAGAGCCAUUUACAGUGAAUGGCUUGGAGGGACCAGUCUUGGCUUCAUUGGGUAGAAACUUAGAACUCAGUUGUCAGUUGUCUCCACCACAACAAGCCAAGCACAUGGAGAUUCGCUGGUUCCGGAACUUCUAUACAGAGCCUGUGCACCUGUACAGAGAUGGUAAAGACAUGUUUGGAGAAAUUAUCUCCAAGUAUGUGGAACGAACAGAACUCCUGAAAGAUGGGAUUGGAGAAGGGAAAGUAACCCUUAGGAUCUUUAAUGUGACUGUUGAUGAUGAUGGAUCUUACCACUGUGUGUUCAAAGAUGGUGAUUUCUAUGAAGAGCACAUCACAGAGGUCAAGGUCACAGCUAUAAACUUACGUGUACAAAUUCAUGUGCAUCCUCCUACUACCAAAGGUGUGAUAGUGGAGUGUCACUCUGGAGGUUGGUUCCCACAGCCUCUUAUGGAAUGGCGAGACAGAAGAGGGGAGGUCAUUCCAGCUGCAUCAAAAUCCCAUUCACAGGGUGGAAACAAACUGUUCAAUAUGAAGAUAUCCCUUCUCCUUAGAGACAACUUCUUCCAGAAAGUCAUUUGCUGCCUUCAGAACCCUCUGACAGGCCAAGAGGAAAGGGCAAGUGUUAUCCUAUCAGAUGCAUUUUUUUCAUGGAAUAAGAUUUGGAAAAUGGUUCUGAGUAUAAUAUUAUUUGUGAUGGGGCUCUCUGUCUUGGUUUCUAGUUUUCUGCUGUAUCGUAAACAUAAUAGUUAUAGGUGUACAUGGGAUGCUCCUUGGCUGAUAGGCCUAUUAAUAAUGAUUUCUUCAGUGGUGAUUGUCAUAUCAGUCAUAAUGUAUUUAUAUAUGAAACAAAGAGUUCCUGUUUCAGAUACACAUUUUGAAUUGGAUACUUUGUGGGUGGAAGACAUAAGUGUCAUCCUGUGUUCACUGAUGGUGUCUGCCACCAUGCUCAUUUCCUAUACAUACUUCAAAUUGAGAGUUUGGUGCCAGCAAAAUCCUUCUCAGAGAGAUAUUCCCAGCAGCCAAUGGAAGCAGGUGCAAAGACCCAGAUCCAAACAUUUAGCAGAGUUUGGGGAAUCCUACAGAAGGAACGGCAAGGAAUGUAAGAACCAAAGAGGUCAAGGACACCACAAGAAAACCACAAGGAUCAACUAACCUGGACUUAUACAAGUUCACAAAGACUGAGCUGUCAGCCAGGGAGCCUGAAUAGGACUGACCAUGGCCCUCUUCCGAUACAUUACAGUUGUGUAGCUUGAUCUUCUUGUAAGAAUUCUAACAAUGGGAGCAGGAGCUGUUUCUGAAUCUGGUGCCUGGUUUUGGAACCCUUUCCAACUACUGGGUUGCUUCAUCCAGGCUUAGUAGGAGAGGAGGUGCCCUGUCUCACUCCAACUUUAAAUGCCAUGGCUGGUUGAUAUCGUGGAGGCCUGCCCUUUUCUGAAGAAAACUGGAGGAGGAAUUGAUGGUGGUCGGGGAGUGCAAUGGGGGUAGUGGGGACUUGGCUGAGAAGAGGUAGGGGAAAGUGUGGUCUGGGUAAACAUAUAAGUAAAUAAAUUAAUUUAAAUAUGAUAAUUCAAUGCUACAAUUUCUUCAAUGAGAAACAUGAAAGUUUUCGCAAGGAAUGGGGCCAGAAAAUUCCCAACCCUACAUUGAUAUCUUGGAAAUAUUCCCUAAUUAAUGCCUAAAGUUAAAUGCCUUGCUUUUAUUUUACAACCUAUUGCCUUUAUAGAAGCAGCAAGAGAUAUGAAAAAAGUCAGCCACUACAGAGAUUUUCAGCACCUGUUUAUUUGAUCUACCAAUAACCUACUAUCUUAAAUUAUUGGAUUAAAGAUGUGCACAGGAUUAAUAAAUUAUAAUUUUAUUUCCA